GGAUAAAAGAGGUUUCGAUUCCUUCUGCCACCAUCACUUCCUGACUGAUUUUAACAAAGGCAAGAGAUUCAUGCUAAGCCACUGCCUAUUUAUUCCUUCUACCACCAUCAUCAUCGACUCCCAUGGCUUCCUCUCCGCCGCCGCCGUCCUCUCUCUCUCCUCCUCAGAUUCCGAUGAAGCUCCACGAAAUCAACAGACUUAAGCUCCUGAACUCCCUCCGAGAACUCCUCUCUCUCUCCUCUCGCCCUCACCAAGGCUUCGUCUUCCUCCAGGGCGGCGAAGAGCAAACUCGUCAUUGCACGGAUCACACUGAGCUCUUCAGGCAGGAGAGUUACUUCGCUUACUUGUUUGGAGUGAGAGAGCCUGGUUUCUAUGGAGCUAUUGACGUAGCAACUGGGGAUUCGAUUCUCUUUGCGCCCAGGUUAUCUGAAGAUUAUGCUGUUUGGUUGGGAGAAAUAAAGCCAUUAUCAUUCUUUAAGGAAAGGUACAUGGUUAGCUUUGUCUUCUACACUGAUGAGAUUUCAAAAGUUUUGCAUGAUCGCUUCCAGUGUUCAGGAAGACCUUUGUUAUUUCUCUUGCAUGGGCUCAAUACUGAUAGCAAUAAAUUCUCAAAGCCAGCAGAUUUUGAGGGGAUUGAGAAGUUUAAGACGGAAAUGAGUAUCUUGCAUCCUAUUAUAACUGAGUGCCGUGUUCUCAAAUCGGACAUGGAGCUUGCUCUAAUCCAGUUUGCUAAUGACAUAAGCUCCGAAGCUCAUGUUGAGGUUAUGAGAAAAACAAGAGUGGGCAUGAAGGAGUACCAGUUGGAAAGCAUGUUCUUACACCAUACCUAUAUGUAUGGUGGAUGUAGGCAUUGCUCGUACACAUGCAUUUGUGCUACUGGUGACCAUGGCUCUGUUCUUCACUAUGGGCAUGCAGCAGCUCCAAAUGACAGGACGUUGGAGGAUGGAGAUAUGGCAUUGCUAGACAUGGGAGCUGAAUAUCAUUUCUAUGGAUCUGAUAUAACUUGCUCCUUCCCAGUGAAUGGCAAAUUUACAAGUGAUCAAUGCCUUGUAUAUAAUGCUGUCCUAGGUGCUCACAAUGCUGUCAUAUCUUCUAUCAGACCUGGAGUAAGCUGGGUGGAUAUGCACAAAUUAGCGGAGAAAUUUAUUCUGGAAUCACUGAAGAAAGGGGGCAUCCUUUUCGGUGAGGUUGAUGACAUGAUGGUUGAGCGAUUGGGUGCUGUUUUCAUGCCCCAUGGUCUCGGUCACUUCUUGGGAAUCGAUACCCAUGAUCCUGGGGGUUACUUGAAGGAAGCAAAGAGACCCUUGGAAUCUGGGUUAAGUGCUUUACGUACAAGUAGAGAACUCCAGGAGGGAAUGGUGAUUACUGUGGAGCCUGGAUGCUACUUUAUUGAUGCUUUGCUGAAUCCUGCCAUGCAAAGUUCAAACACUUCAAAGUUUUUGAAUUGUGAAGAAAUAGUCCGAUUUAAGGGUUUUGGUGGAGUCCGACUUGAAAGUGAUGUGCAUAUUACUGCCAAUGGUUGUGUGAACAUGACAAAGGUUCCACGGGAGACAUGGGAGAUUGAGGCUGUGAUGGCAGGGCAAUCAUGGCCACUCAAGAACGAACAACCAUGCCCGGAAAAUGGUGUAGAGGGCUAGAUCACAAUUCAGGUAGAGGAUCUACCCAAACAAAUGCGAAAGAAAGAUAAAUGAUGAUGCCGUGGUCAAAAGGCCCUCUGCAUUUUGUGUCAUAGAUUGUUUUGUGAAUGAUGCCAAUGAUUUCAUAGUGUUUUUCCCAAAGAACUCUGUUGAAGCCUCUUAGGCUGUUGUUUGGUUCACCAACUUUUCGCUGGAUAUUUAGUAAGGGAAAGGAAAAUGCAAGAGAAAAUAAAUAAAUUUGCACUGUAUUGCAUUUUCUUUUCAUACAA